AUGUCUUCUUCAGCGGCUGCAUCACAGAAUGCAGCUACGCCCCAAAGCUCAGUAGCUGCAACCUCGACAUCGGCCGCAGCGUCUUCCGCCGCUCAAGCCUCGACUUCAGCAUCAGCAUCAGCAUCAGCAUCAGCAGCUGCUAGUAGUGCGGCAGCCAGUGCAAGCGCAAGUGCCUCAACUUCUGUAGCUGCUUCCUCCACAUCCUUAUCGACGUCACAAUCCGCCUCUGGUUCAAGUUCAUCCUCAGCAACAGCAUCCACCACAGCUCUAUCAGCAGAUGUGAUAAGUGCCACGGGAACAAAUGCGACCUCAUCAGGUAGUAAGAGUCUGUCAGGAGGAGCGAUUGGGGGAAUCGUUGCCGGAGUGAUCGUGGGGAUAAUAGUGGUGCUUGUUUUGGCUUGGAUAUGGAAGAGGAAAAGAAAGUCUAGAGGAGAGAAGGUACCGCCUCCACCUCCGAUGAGACAUGCCCAAUCGACUAUGUCUCGAAGUAGACAGUCCACAAUGAUCGGCGGUGGUGUGAGUCAUCAACGUCGGCCAAGCACAUAUUCAGCUUCCAUGGCUCCACCUCGACCCUCCUCGACAUUCGCUUCUCAUUCUCGAUCUCCCUCGUCCCAUAUCAACUAUCCCAUCACUACCAUGGCCUCUAUGAACCACGAUGCAUCUCCUCCCAUGCCACCUUCAACUUCGUCCACUUCUUCCGAUUCACCGCCUCUUUCGACCGGAGCCAACACUCCCGCUCAUCCCUUCCCAUCACCCGCGGCGGGCCACAAACCGACUUUGACCCCAAUUGAUACGUCUCUAUCACGAGGUGGUUCAGCAUCAAGUGAUGAUCUCAGAGGCGACCCUAGACCCCGCCAUGUAGCUUCCAUAGACCGAUUACGCGGCGAAGGCAACCAAUCAGGAAAUGGUUCAGAGCGAGCAUCAUCACCAGCAUCUUCCCGACAUCCUUCUGAAUCAGGUGUAGACUACUCUCGAGGUAAUUCACCUCAUACUUCGAUGGUUGGUUUACCUUCACCUGGUGGACCGCAUGGUAGGAACUCCUACCCUUCACCUAGAUCCUCGAUAGGUUAUCCCCGACCUGGAAGUAUGGCUUCGCUCGGUUCGUCAAGGUAUCUCCACGUUGGCCCCGCCGGUAGAGCACCCCAUCAAGGUAGACCUAUCCAACUUACCAUGCCUACUUUGUUGGGUGCGAGACCAGAUGAGAAUGGCGAUUUCUUUGGACAGACGGGUAGAUUAAAUGGUGGAUAUCAGUUAGGUUUGGAUGAGAUGGGUAGGAUGAGGAGGAUAUCUAAUAGACAGUAUAAUGAGCAGGAUUACCAACCAUCCCCUAUACAUACACGAGCUCCAUCCAACACCUCCCUCUCCAAUCGAUCCAGGCAAGGUUCAGACGAAGGAAACGUCCCCCCUAUACCCGAAAUAGGUGUAGGUAAUAGUGGACCACCAAGUAGGAAUCAGACCCCUGUACCUAGACCACCACCAGCAUCAGACGUGGCGGAUCCUCAUAUGGUCCUACAAAGGGAAUGA